AUGGCUCCGAAGGCGGCCCCCUCCUGCCGUCUGGUCUUCUGCCUCUUGAUCUCCGCUGCUGUUCUUAGGCCAGGUCUUGGAUGGUAUACUGUAAACUCAGCAUAUGGAGAUACCAUUAUCAUGCCUUGCCGAGUUGAUGUACCUCAGAAUCUCAUGUUUGGCAAAUGGAAAUAUGAAAAGCCCGAUGGUUCCCCAGUAUUUAUUGCCUUCAGGUCCUCUACAAAGAAAAGUGUGCAAUACGACGAUGUACCAGAAUACAAAGACAGAUUGAACCUCUCAGAAAACUACACUCUCUCUAUCAGUAAUGCAAGGAUCAGUGAUGAAAAGAGAUUUGUGUGCAUGCUAGUAACUGAGGACAACGUGUUUGAGGCUCCUACAGUAGUCAAGGUGUUCAAGCAACCAUCUAAACCUGAAAUUGUAAGCAAAGCCCCAUUUCUUGAGACAGACAAGCUUAAAAAGUUGGGUGAGUGCAUUUCAAAAGACAGUUAUCCAGAUGGCAACAUCACAUGGUACAGGAAUGGAAAAGUUCUGCAACCUCUUGAAGGAGCGGUGGUCAUAAUUUUUAGAAAGCAAAUGGACCAAAUAACUCAGCUCUAUACCAUGACUUCAUCCCUGGAGUACAAGACAACCAAGGCUGACAUACAAAUGCCAUUCACCUGCUCUGUGACAUAUUAUGGACCAUCUGGCCAGAAAACAGUUUACUCUGAACAAGCAGUUUUUGAUAUUUACUAUCCUACAGAGCAGGUGACAAUACAAGUGCUGCCAUCAAAAAAUGCCAUCAAAGAAGGGGACAAUAUCACUCUUAAAUGCUUGGGAAACGGUAACCCUCCUCCUGAGGAGUUUUUGUUUUACUUACCAGGACAGCCUGAAGGAAUUAGAAGUUCAAAUACUUACACACUGACAGAUGUGAAACGCAAUGCAACAGGAGACUAUAAAUGCUCCCUGGUAGACAAAAAAGGCAUGAUUGCUUCAGCAGCCAUCACAGUUCACUAUUUGGAUUUGUCCUUAAACCCAAGUGGGGAGGUGACUAAGCAGAUUGGCGAUGCUCUGCCUGUGUCAUGCACAAUAUCUGCCAGUAGGAAUGCAACUGUGGUGUGGAUGAAAGAUAACAUCAAGCUUCGAUCUAGCCCAUCAUUUUCUAGUCUUCAUUAUCAGGAUGCUGGAAACUAUGUCUGUGAAACAGCUCUGCAAGAGGUUGAAGGAUUAAAGAAAAGAGAGUCAUUGACUCUGAUUGUAGAAGGGAAACCUCAAAUCAAAAUGACAAAGAAAACUGAUCCUAGUGGACUGUCUAAAACAAUAAUCUGCCAUGUGGAAGGUUUUCCGAAGCCAGCUAUACAGUGGACAAUUACUGGCAGUGGAAGUGUCAUAAACCAAACAGAGGAAUCUCCAUAUAUCAAUGGCAGGUAUUAUAGUAAAAUUAUCAUUUCCCCUGAAGAGAAUGUUACAUUAACUUGCACAGCAGAAAACCAGCUGGAGAGAACAGUAAACUCCUUGAAUGUCUCUGCUAUAAGUAUUCCAGAACACGAUGAGGCAGACGAGAUAAGUGAUGAAAACAAAGAAAAGGUUAAUGACCAGGCAAAACUAAUUGUGGGAAUUGUUGUUGGUCUCCUCCUCGCUGCCCUAGUUGCUGGUGUCGUCUAUUGGCUAUACAUGAAGAAAUCAAAGACUGCAUCAAAACAUGUAAACAAGGACCUUGGUAAUAUGGAAGAAAACAAAAAGUUAGAAGAAAACAAUCACAAAACAGAAGCCUAA